GCAGAUUGUCAGUUAUCCACCGCCGCUGAACGCGAAAGGUCAGACCGGUGGCUUAAAAACUUCACGCGAUGCUAGUGUACUAAUAGACGGACUAUUAACACUUAGUUUAAAAUAAUAUUAAAUACUGUGAUGAGUGCGUGACAAUUAGUGAAAAAUAAUUAAUAAACCUAUCAGGCAUCAUGUCGCUGUGUGAUAUGUUACUGGGUAUCAUUUUAUUGGGCACAAUAACCUAUGAGUCUACAACGGCCCGCAGUAUAACGAGCCUAGAGGCCCCUCGUGGUUGUGACUGGUCAAAUUCAAACACCGACAUCCAGACCCUCGGUUGUAAAUUACGGACUAUCGGGAGCGCUGAAGAAAUAAUCGGAAAUCUUUCAUCAAUCCAAUUAGAGUCGAUUGAGAAUUUUAAACUCCAAUGCAAUGACGUUCUCUUCUUUGAAAGCCAAUUUGAGAACACAAAUUUUCUGGGGGCGUGUAAGAAUCUCAAAACUCUGGAAGUUGAAAAGUGUAAAGUGCGUUACGUACCCGCGGGUGCAUUUGCAACCUUAAAAACCCUCCAAUUGCUAACAUUGCAGAGUUUCAACAAUGACUGGUCAGGAAUGACCCUAGAAUUACACCGAGACUCAUUAAGAGGACUUGAUGCGCUACAAGAACUCUAUUUGCCGGAUAAUAAUAUCUGGACCCUACCUGCUGAGAUUCUCUGUCCGGUAACUAAUCUCAAGAAACUAAACUUAACGCGUAACAAGUUACAGGACACUGUCUCGCUUGGAUUUACCGACUGGACCUCAGCUUGCACUCCAAAUCUCGAAUCCUUGGACUUAAGUGACAAUGACAUGAGUGUUUUGCCGGAUAAUUCAUUCGUUGCGCUCAAGAAUCUCAAAGCGUUGAUGCUCCAGGAUAAUGAGAUCCGUCAUGUAGGCGAUCAUGCACUAGCAGGUCUUGGAGAAUUACUUAAACUCAAUAUCUCAAGCAAUAAGCUAGUUGCGCUGCCGCCUGAGCUUUUCUCGGAUACUUCGGACCUCCUGGAGCUGGUGCUGAGCAACAAUUCGCUGUCCGUGAUAGCUCCAGGUCUGCUGGACAAUCUAACCAAGCUUAAGAACCUGGACCUGAGCAGCAACGAAUUGACCAGUCAUUGGGUGAACCGGGAUACCUUCACACGACUUCGAGAAUUGGUUUAUCUGGACCUGUCCUUCAAUGCACUGACCAAAAUUGAUGCUAGUGUCUUCAAAGGACUCGUCAGUCUUCAGAUUCUCAAGCUAGAGCACAACAAUAUUGAUAUCCUAGUGGACGGAUGCUUCAGCGCGUUGCAAAAUUUGCAAUCUUUGACGCUUUCCCACAACCGGAUCACGCGAUUUGAAGCCACACAUACUUUAGGACUGAAUUCUGUGAUGCAAUUGUUUCUGGAUGCUAACAAACUGAAGAUUCUUCACCGACGGACUUUUACAAAUAUGAGCAACCUUCAGGAUAUUUCAUUAAGUGGUAAUUUGUUCACGGAAAUUCCGGAAUCAAUUCGCGAGUUGAAAGACCUUAAGACUUUAGAUUUGGGGAACAAUAAGAUUGUUAAAGUGGACAAUGAAUCUUUUUAUGGAUUAAAUGAACUGUAUGGACUGCGUUUAGUGGACAAUAAACUAGAAAAUAUAUCCCGUGAUACUUUUUCAACGCUUCCAGCUCUUCAAGUGCUUAAUUUAGCGAGCAAUGCUAUAAGACACGUUGAACAGAAUGCUUUUGCAAACAAUCCAGUUUUACGUGCUGUACGUUUGGACGGUAAUCAAUUGACCGAAAUUCGCGGAGUAUUUACAACCGCAUCUACGCUUGUUUGGUUAAAUAUUUCAGACAAUAAAUUGUUGUGGUUCGAUUACAGUUACUUACCGGGUAAUUUAGAGUGGCUUGACAUGCACAAUAAUCAGAUAAGUGAACUAGGAAAUUAUUAUACAGUACACGGUAACUUAAAGAUCAAAAUGCUGGACGCCAGUUGGAAUCUUAUUACUGAAAUUAUGGAAUCUAGUAUUCCAGAUGGGAUAGAAACUUUGUUUCUAAAUAACAACAACAUUCGUAGUGUUGCUCCUAGUACUUUUUUGCGUAAAACCAGUCUUGAGAAAGUAGUGCUUUACGGUAAUGAAAUCCGGCAUUUAGAUUUAACGGCUUUAGCAAUUCAAGAAGUACCAAUGGAACGUAAUAUUCCGGAAUUUUAUAUUGGUGAUAAUCCUAUUUUGUGUGACUGUUCAAUGGAGUGGUUGCCUAAGAUAAACGAACUAUCACGGUCAAGGCAGCACCCACGUGUUAUGGAUUUAGAUGCGGUAGUGUGUGAAAUGGUGCACAAGCGCGCUAGCCCCAAAAGACCCUUAUUAUCACUUAAACCAAAAGACUUUCUUUGUCAUUAUGACGCUCACUGUUUUGCACUGUGUCAUUGUUGUGAUUUUGAUGCUUGUGAUUGUGAAAUGACGUGCCCAGACAAUUGUUCUUGUUACCACGAUCACAGUUGGUCAAGUAACGUGGUAGAUUGUUCUAAUGGUGGUUAUAAAAUGGUGCCAGAAAGAAUACCAAUGGACGCAACGGAAAUUUAUUUAGACGGUAAUAAUUUAGGUGACCUUGGUAGUCAUGUGUUUAUCGGUAAACGUCGAUUAGAAGUGUUGUUUUUAAAUAACAGUAAAAUAAACACCUUGCACAAUCGGACAUUUAAUGGUGCGCCUUCAUUAAGAGUGUUGCAUUUAGAAGACAACGGAUUGCGUGAAUUACGUGGCUUUGAAUUUGAUCAAUUAGAACAAUUAUCCGAAUUGUAUUUAGAUCACAACGCUAUUGCAAUGGUAGGCAAUACGACUUUCUACAAAAUGAAAAGUUUGCAAGUUCUUAGAUUAGAUAGUAAUCGUAUAGUUGAUUUUCGCCCGUGGGAAGCGUUAGCAGACGCGGGAGCCGGCGCACAUGUUGCUCUUGAAGGAAACGCGUGGAAUUGUGAGUGUAUAAACACAGCCAAGCUUAAAGUUUGGCUGGCGCAGCAUCCUGAUGGUGAUGCUGAAAAAAUGUACUGCAAAGACGGAACAGAAACUUUAGCAGAAGCUUUAAGACGCUGUGGAGAUCCAUCAACUGAAGCAGUUUCCCGUGAAAUCACCAAGAGUUCAAACAAUUUCGUUCCACUGCUAGCUGGAGCUCUGGUUGUCAUCAUAGUGGUCUGUCUUGCUACAGCGCUGGCUUUUGCCUUCCGGCAGGAUGUCAAACUUUGGUUACACUCAAGAUACGGCUGGCGAUUGGGUAAAAGGGUGGCUUUGCCCGAUGAAGAGCGUGACCGGCUGUACGACGGGUAUAUAAUCUACAACGAGCGUGACCAGGAUUUUGUUUCUGGGUGUCUGUCAGCGGAGUUGGAGCAGUCAGGUCUUUCUCUGUGCCUUCACUAUCGCGACCUGCCGCCAGCUAGGCCCCAAGAAGCUCUCCCACCAGCUGCUGGAGCAGCCAGGAGAAUAGUCCUGGUGUUCUCACCAGUUUUCCUUGCCAACGAGUGGCAGCACCUGGAAUUCAGGAGUGCGUUGCGUUGUGCUCUGGAGACUAUCAGACCUAGCUCACGUAGACGUCGGGUGGUGAUCCUCUUGGCGACAGAAGCACCCAGAAAUGACCCGGAACUGCAGUUGCUUUUGCAAACCUGCGAAGUCAUUGUCUGGGGCGACAAGCGGUUCUGGGAGAAGCUCAGAUUCGCUAUGCCAGACCCUGAGGACAAAAGCAAUGGGAAAAAAGUUGAUAGAUGUCCGGGUUCUACUAGGCAGCAAGGAAUAAGGGUACCUGCACGCUAUACACCCGCUCCUUCAGCUCCUAAUGAUCUUUGGACUAAACCCAAUGGGAUUUUGGUCGCUCCAGUUCAUCAUGCUCCUACACCUACGCCUACGCAAUCUACCUACGUCAGCUCUGCUUCCAGCAGGACUGAGGAUGAAGACAGUGGCGCGGAACAUCAACAUCAUGGUUACAGUGUUCUUCAUGGGGCUAAUGGAAGACCAGCUAGUCUCUCUUCAAGGGGCAGUCAUCUCUACAGCACCAUUCCUGAACCUCCGAACAAUCAGGGUAUUAAUCCCCGUACUUAUUUUGUUUAGGUGAGGUUGUUUUUUUUUGGACGAAUUUAGAAAUCUUGGUAAAUUUAUUAGCCUUUUUAUGGCCUCUUGUUCUUUUAUCUCCCACGCUAUUUGUACAUACUUUGUUUAUUAUUCUGGGAGACGGAAGAAAUCACCGAGCAGACUUUAAAUUUGUAUGCAUAAUCAAGACUGGAUAUUAUUACAAAAAAUAACAGCUUUUAAGUGAAUCAUAUUUUUUCGGCAGAAUUUUAUUUUUUCUGCUCGAGACUGCUGUUGCUGGAAAAAUAUUAUUUUUUACAUGGAAAUAACAAGAUUACAUUGGUUAUUAUCGCAGAUUAUACUCAGUGAUAUCUGGGCUGAAAACAAAUUUAAGAUAUGAUGAUAAUAAGUGCGCAGGCGCUAAAAAAAUUUCGGAGAGAUCACUGGGUAUAAUCCAAGAUUAUACUGAGUAUAAUCUUGGAUUAUAUCCAGUAUAAUCUUGGAUUAUACUCAGUAUAAUCUGGGAUUAUAUCCAGUAUAAUCUAGGAUUAUAUCCAGUGUAAUUUUUUUUUGUGUAAUGAUCAAAUUUUUUUUUUUAUAUUUUUUAAUUAAAUUAAUGUGACUAUAAAAAAUUAAUAAAAAUAUUUUUCCAGCAUAUAAAUGACUGUCCGCUCGUUUUAUUUAAAAUGAAUCGAGCCAAACGCUUAUUUUUUAAUAUACCCAUGUAGAAAAUAAAAAUUGGCUUUUAAAAUUUUUUGGGGAAAAAUUUUAACAAGUCACUAUCCAUGGGUACUUAAAAGUGUAUGUAAAUAAAUUGUAUAUCUAUAAAUUUUUGUAAAUA